GCUUAAGCUCAGAACAGGGCUGUACAGAGGAAUACAAAAUGGAAUUCCAUCGUCUGAAUUUGGGAUUUCUGUGUACGAUUCUGCUGAUAAUGGUUUGCGUUCUGGGAGUUGAUGGGCAUGGUGGGAUGCCAGCUAUUCUCAGGAAGAAUCGACUGCAUCGGAAUUUAAGGAGAUUUCGAAUCACUGAUUCUCAUGUUCCAAGUACAAGUCUGGUUUCGUACAACUAUACCCAAGUUCUGGACCAUUUCGGAUACACGCCAGAGAGUUAUCAAACGUUUCCCCAGCGAUAUUUCAUGGACAAGUCCCAUUGGGGCGGCGCUCAAAAUAAUUCUUCCAUAUUUGUAUGGUUGGGUGAAGAACAAGAAAUUACCAACGAUUUAGGCAUGGGCAUUAUCAAAGAGCAGGCUCCUAAGUUCAAAGCUCUUGUGGUCUACAUAGAGCACCGUUAUUAUGGGACGUCAAUGCCAUUCGGGGGAGAGAAGCAAGCGCAUGCAAAUGCGAGCACAAUGGGUUAUUUCACAUCCACGCAGGCCUUGGCCGAUUAUGCCACCGUCAUUGUCGAUUUGAAGAAAAAAUUAAGGGCUGAGAAUUGUCCAGUCGUGGUGUUUGGUGGAUCCUAUGGUGGAAUGCUAGCUGCAUGGUUUCGCCUCAAGUAUCCUCACCUAGCAAUCGGGGCCCUAGCAUCAUCUGCACCUAUCCUUUACUUCGACAGCAUCGUUCCCACAUAUGGUUAUGGCAGCGUGGUCACCAAAGAUUUCAGAGAUGUAAGCGAGAUUUGCUACAGAAGAGUUAAUGAAUCGUGGGAUUUGAUUACCAAGAUCGCGUCUAGCCAUCAAGGCUUGCUAAAUCUAAGCAAAAUAUUUAAUACUUGCCAAAAUCUUAAGAACAGGGAUGAGCUCUAUGAUGUGCUUGUAUCAAUGUAUGAGGAAGCGGCACAGUACGAUUUCCAACAAGUUCAAGGAAUCUGCAAAGCCAUUAAUAGCCAACCGGGACAUGCAGACACUGUUAGCAGAAUUGCGGCUGCAGCAAAGUACGCAUACGGACCCGAAUGCGUGAAUUUGACUAGUGAAGAAGAUUCUGAUCCCGGAUGGAGUUGGCAGAAUUGCACUGAAUUGGUGAUGCUAACAAACAAUCCUCCUGGCAAAACAAUGUUACCGCCCGACCACUAUGAUAUCAACUCCUAUCUGAGGGACUGCUAUCAUAGAUUCGGAGUCAUGCCACGCCAACACUGGGCAACAACUGAGUUCGGAGGACAUGAUAUAAAGAAAGUGUUGAAAGAUUUUGGAAGCAAUAUCAUUUUCUCCAAUGGGUUAAGAGAUCCAUGGAGCAGUGGAGGUGUGUUGGAGAGUAUUUCUGAGAGUAUUGUAGCCAUCCCCACCAAAGAGGGAACGCAUUGUCAAGACAUUGUGCAAAGUACUAAGGACGAUCCAGUGUGGCUGAAAGAACAAAGACGAAAAGAGAUAAUGAUCAUCCAAAAAUGGAUCAAUGAUUAUAAAAAUAAUUUGUAACGUGUAUCCCAUGGAACCAUGUUUUCUCCAUUCAAUAAAGUCGUUUAAGAGUGGUGAUUAUUGAAGCUGUUUCAUGACAAUGAAACACCAACUAUAAUUAUACAUUCUGAAUUGAUCGUA